UUCGAGUGAAUCGAAACUGAAGGCGGUAGGAGGACGUGGAAGCCAGAUGAGGCCGGGGUAGAUCUGCUGGCCCUGUAUGUGGUGUUGUUUGUGUAUUUGUAGUCGUUUAUGAUGGAUACGGUUAAUUAUAUGGCGAAAUUAAAUGAGUUUGCGCAGAAGAAGCGCGUGGAGCUGCGCUUUGAGGACGUGGGAUCCGCGGGACCUGAUCACAGUAAGACGUUUACCGUCAGAGCCGUCCUCAACGGUAAAGUGUAUCCUGACGGCGUUGGAAAGAACAAGAAGGAAGCCCGACAGAACGCAGCCAAACUGGCCCUGGAAUGUUUUACAGAGGAACCGACGGAACCUACUGAACCUUCGGUGGAUCCUUCGCCCCCCCUGGUCCAGACCAACUUCGUGUGCUGGCUCAACGAGUUGGGUCAGAAGCGGCGGGUGUCGAUCCGGCCGGUGGAGUCGAUCAGGAUGGGCCCGGUCAACGCCACGCAAUGCUGCAGCUUCGUGGUCGGAGAUAAAGAAUAUCCAACCGCCACCGGGAAAACCAAGAAGGAAGCCAAGGAGGAGGCGGCCAAGCUGGUGUACCAGGAGAUCUGUGGAAAUAAAACCACCGAGACCUCCGAUGGAGAUGGAAGUGAUGGUGUCGAAUCAAAUCAACACAAGGACGAAACCAGGCAGACGUUUCCAGAUGUUUGUGAAAAGACUCAGAGCUCGAGCGCAACGACUGAAGACGAAGGUUUUACAGACACUAAUUACGUCGGAAUCGUUAACCACUACUGUCAGAAAACCAAACGCACCCCCGACUACGUCCUGGAGAAGAAGCUGGGACCAGCUCACACUCCACGAUUCUUCUACAAGUUGGUGAUCAAUAAUAAGGAUUAUCCGGUGGCUGAGGGGAAGAACAUCAAAGAGGCCAAGCAGAAGGCGGCCGCGCUGGCGUGGGCGGAGCUCCAGGAGCAGUCCGACUGGGACAGUAAGGUAUCCCUCCACUCAGGUGUAUCUGAUGACCAUGACGCGUCGGCCAGAGUGUCCACGCCUCCGCCACCGCCGCCGUCAAAUAAUAAAGAUGGUAAAAACCCACCCAGCAGUGACUCAGUGGUCUUUAGUGAUUCUCUGAACUUCAAAAACCAGGCUCAAAGUCCAGAUGUGAAACCGAGAAUCAGAAUCGCAGCUAAUUUCGGAAACGUCUGCAAAAGUAAAGAGGAUGUGAUGCCCAAUUUAAGUGAGAAGAAAGACAGACCAGAGAAACCGUCCAGUCCUUCGGCCUCCUCCAGGUUUGUGAUUGACUACGACUGCAUCGAGUGUCUGGGUAAAGGAGCCUUCGGUCAAGUUUUCAAGGCCAGACACAAACUGGCGAACAUGGAUUGCGCCGUCAAGAUCGUCCGCUGCAAAGAGAAGUCUCUGCGUGAGGUGGGGGCUCUGUCCAAACUGCGCCACCAGAACAUCGUCUGUUAUUACCACUGCUGGAUGGAGGACACCCAGUACCAGUGGGACGUGUCAGGAGACAGCGGCAGCACGUCCCAAUCUACAGGCUCUCCGUCGGUGAAGUUCCUCUACAUUCAGAUGGAACUGUGCGACAGCAAAACCCUCCGAGUGUGGAUCGAUGAGAGGAACACCCAGAACGUGAAGAAAGCUCUGCGGGACUCCAGGAGGAGGGACGAGGGUCUGGGGGUGGCCGGGCAGAUGGUCAGCGGGGUCGAGUACGUCCACGCCCACAAGCUGAUCCACCGAGACCUGAAGCCCGCUAACAUCAUGUUUGGUCGUGACGGGGAAGUGAAGAUCGGCGACUUCGGUUUGGUCACUGUGGAGAACGACGACGACGCUGAGAACCUGAUAGAGAGAACGGUUUACAAAGGAACGCCGUCGUACAUGGCGCCCGAACAAAAAAACAAGAAGACCACGUACGACAGGAAAGUGGACAUAUUUGCGUUGGGGCUGAUUUUCUUCGAGCUGCUUUGGAACAUGCAAACGGGCCACGAACGCCAGGCGGUGAGUUUAAGGUCCAGUUCAACAGUGGCUCUGUUCUGCAUCUGUUACCUUUCAGCUGUUCUUCUCCUGUUUCAUUUCCAGCUGUGGGACGACGCUAGAGACCAGAAACUCCCUCAAAAAUUUUUGCAAAAUUUCCCACAUGAGAGUCGCAUCAUUAAGUCGAUGCUGUCGGCGAAGCCUCAGGAUCGACCCGAAGCUUCGAAACUGAAGACAGACCUGGAGGAGUUUUCAUCGUCGCUAACGUCCACAAAGAACACACAUUCAGUCUGAACAGAACCACCGUCAUGACGUCACACUACCAGUGCUUUUAAUUCACCGUACUUUUCAUAUGAGCUGAAAAACAGGGGAUUGAAGAUUUAUGUUGGUCAUUUUUAACAGAUAAUCAUGUUGAGUUCAUCAAAUAAAAUCAUAUUCAACAACUGCCAGUGGGUUUAACGCUGCUUCAUCUCAGGUCCAGUCUGAAUAUGUCACAUCUUUGUCAGAACGUCGGCUUAAAUCAGCUUCAUGUGUCAGAUUAACACCUGAGAUCAGAUGUCAUCAGCCUCACAGCAUAAUGGCCUAACUCGUACACAAAUGGACAAAAACAUGAAAAAAAUAAGCAAAAAAAUGACUAAAACAAAGUAAAAA